AUGGCGCCGAAUUGUGAUGCUAUAAAUAUAUUAACCGGAAAUACAUUAAAUACUGGAGGUCAUUUAACGAGACAAAAUUAUGGUUACGAUGAUAUCGAUGAUGAUGAUGGAAAUGUCUAUGAUCAUAAGAAAAAAGAUGUUUCUACUUGGGGUGAAAAUGAAGAAACUGUUGAAGAUGAAGAACUUUUUCCACCUUACGAUAAUUCUUGGUUUAUGCCACCAUCAUCAACAACAACAUUUGCAACUACCGAUACAACCACAACUGGAACUAAACCUUCACUUACAAUUCCUACAUUACCUUCACAACAAGAUUAUCCAACUACUCAAACCGAAACUAUACCUUCACUCACAAUUUCUAUAUCACCUUCGCAACAACUACUCAAACUGAAAUUUACAGUACUCAAUAUUCCCACGCUGUCCCCAAAGGAGUUCAAAUUUAUUUAUUUAAAAAUUUUAGUUAUUCUGUAA